AUGUCUAAAUAAAACUUAAGCAACUACAUCAAAUUUUUAAAUCAUAUCACAGAUUUAGAGCAAAAAGGUCUCAUUUCUUCAAAACAAAAACAUCUUUUGAAAAUGAAUCUCAAAACGAAAGAAUAACUAUUAGAAAAAUUGAUUUGCUCUUUUGAGGAUGAGCACAAUAACUAAAAUGCUAUAUUUUCAUAUUUAAAUGUAAUAGAACCAAAAACUCGGGCUAGAUGUCACUCUUCCUAGGAAAAUGAAGCUCCAUUAAUGUUUAGAAAUAACCAUAACACUCAUUCAUAAGUUACUUCUUUUAAUGAGUCCAGAUUGAUUGCCCAUUUGGAUGAUCUUAAUGAUGAAUUAAUGAAUAUUUGGCAAUCAGAAUCAUAGCUGGUAAGAUUACAUUAAUGACAUCUAGCUCUUUAAUCAAGAAAUAAAUGAAAAAUUAAAAAAAGUUGGAGAAUUAAUAGCAAAAACUGCUACUUCAACACCUUGUGGAUCUUAAAAACAAGUCAUUAAUGCUAUUGAAACCCUAUCCAUUAUAGAUGGUCUUAAAUAACUUUAUAAAGACUUGAAAGUAAAAAUUGAUUUUUAUUAAAGCAACAUUUUAAUGAUUAUUUACGUUGUCAUAUUUUGUUGAUGGAUAAUUAAUUCACUACUUAGAAUUUGUAUAAAAUGUUAAGAGCUUUUAUGAAAAAUUUAGUAGAUGCGGAUGAAGUUACAUUCAUUAUAAAUAAUGAAUUGUAUACUUCAACUACAGAAUAAUUUCAAGAUAUAUAAAUAACCGAAAAAUAAUAAUAUGAGAUUGAUCUUAUUUAAGAUGGAAAAGUGAUUGAUUUAACAGAAUUCUACCCUGAAUUAGGUGCCCUAUUUUAAACUAAUUAAUAUAAGAGCAAUUAUGUUUUAAGAAUCUAGAAUUCUUAAUGUAUUUUUUGUUUUCAUCUAAAAGGAGAACGUAAAACAAUUAUACGUUCCUUUCUAUCUUUAUGUAAUGAAUACUAAUUUUUUGAUGAAGUUAAUUAAUUAGGCUUUCUCUUAUUGGAAUCUCUUAAAUAAGCAAGAGUUUAAUGUUUUAAUCCAUUAUAACUUUCUCAUAUGAUUUAAGAUAUUGGAAUAGCAUUUAUAAGAUGUUCUAAAUAUGUUUUUAUUCAAAAAGUGAUUGAAAUGCUUUAAGAAAGAUAUCUAGUUUAUAAAGAGAAUACUUCAUUUUCAAGUGAUUAUCCAUAUGUUGAAUUUGAUUUUAGGGAUUCCUUAAAUUUGAGUAUAUAUAUAUGUAUGGAUUUGAAUAAAAAAGAUGAGAUGAAUGUUUAUAAAUAAUUGAAUUUAAGUUACAAUAAAUACUUAAAGUUUAUCAAAUAAUGUUAUGAUAGAACAACAUUUUAUAAAUUCUUUGUGAAAUCUUAGGAUUCUUUAAUAUUUGAAUUUGAUAAAUAAGGUUAAAUUACAUUUGUAUCUUAACCGAUAACCAAAAAAUUAGCUGAUGAUUUUGGUAUUAAUUUUAAUUCUUAGAAAUUGAAUUCAUCUUAUAAAAGUAUAUUUAGAAAUUAAGAUUUAUUGUAACAUAUAGAAAAUUAAUUACAAGAAUAGAAUUAAUGGAUAUUGAAAGAUAGUAAUGCUCCUUAUGAAAUAUUUAUGAAAAUGGAGGAGAAAUAUUUCAAAGGAUUCUUUGUGAUAUUCUAAUAAGGUUGGUUUAGAUAUGAUCAUUAAAAAGAAUUAGAUGCAAGUUAAUGGAAUAAAUUAAGAAAAACUAUAAUGGAGUCAGAAACUAAAUUAUAUUUAGAUAAAUUGGAGUAGAAACAUCCUUAAUUAAAAAAUUCAGUUAUUCAAAUGUUUAAACCAAAAUCAAUAUAGAAAUAAUCUUUGUUUAAGAAUUUCAGUCCAAGUUUUAGUCCAAAUCAUUUGGAUUAAAGAAAUUCUCUUUAAGAGAGUGAGAAUGUUAGACGGAUUCCAAAAACAAAGGGAGUGAAUCAUUUUUAUUCAGACAUGCUUAUAGAUACUUGUAUUGAAAAUAUAAACAAUUAAAAUUUUAAUAUAUUACCAUAUAGUAAUGAUUGGUUAGAGAAACAAAAAGUAGUAUUUUAGAUAUUAAAAAAUAAUAAUUUUAUUUAGGAAUAUAAAAUAAAUGAAACUUCAUUGUGUAAUUUUUUAUGUGCACUUGAAUACAAAUACAAUAAAAGAGGUAAUUAAUUUCAUAAUUAUGAUCAUGGUGUGACAGUAAUGUAAUGUACACAUGCAAUAUGUUUAGAAAUGAUGAAUACAAAGCAUGGAUAGUUAUUGACUUAAUUUAUAAAGUUUGCUCUAAUAUUAGCAAGUUUAUGUCAUGAUGUAUCUCAUACAGGAAGAACUAAUAUAUUUGAGAUAAAUAGUCUUUCAAAUUUGGCAAUAAGAUAUCAUGAUAAAAGUGUAUUAGAAUAACAUCAUGCAGCAACAUCUAUAAAAUUACUUUGUUCACCCUCUACAAACAUAAUUCCAAAUUUUAACUCUGAAGAAUUUAGAGAGUUUAGAAAGUUAUUUAUUGCUAAUAUACUUUUUACUGAUAUAACUGAACAUUACAACUUAAUGAAGAGCUUUGAAGCCCGUACUUGUGAAAUUAAUUUUGGAACAAAAGAGGAUGUUCGAUUAAUAACAGGAAUGAUAAUUCAUACAUCAGAUUUUGCUGGUGGAGCUAAGCCAUUUCCAAUAAGUAAAGAAUGGAGUGUUAGAGUAAAUAAAGAAUUUUAAGAAUAAUAUACUUUAGAAGGUAAAUUUGGAUACCCUUAAUUACCAUACAUGAAAGAUUUAGACUAAGUAUUCUAAUUUAUAAAUUUAGUUACCUAUCAUGGCUAAAUCAGAAAUAGGCUUUUUUACAUUCAUCGUCAGACCUUUAUGGACAGUAAUGUCUAAGUUUCUUGAAGAUAGAUUAAAAGAUAAUAUAGAUAAUCUUGAUAAUACAAUUAUUGAAUGGCAAAAGUUAAUGAUUAAAUGA